UCUUGUUAUCUUCCAAUUCAAUUCCUUUAAAUGAUUUGCCAAUUGAAACGGUGUAUUUAUAGCUUUUUUUAAAUUAAUCCCUAAAAGUAUGCUCUAAUUUAUUGUCAUUAUAUUUUAAGCUCUCAGCUAUGAUUUCAUUAUCACACCGUUGUUUACAAUUACGUUUGUUGAACUGUAAAUAAACCUUUGUAGUAACACAUGAUCUCAACGGAGGUCAAACAUACAUAAAUAAGUUUAGUAGUUUAAUGCCAAAUUGUAACUUUUCUCAAAACAUGAUCUAUAAAAGAACUCUCAAAUCGAUUUCCGAACAGUUCAUUUGAUCUCUUUGCAAUAUGAUCAUCAUCAGAUAUUUAUUAGUUGUCAGUUUAUCUUUAAGUUAUGUACACAGUAGUCGUCGUUCGACGUCACGUACACCACGUAUUAUCGGCGGUCGAAGGGUCCUUGUUGAGGAAAUACCCUAUAUGGUUAAUAUACGUAGUAAUGGAAGUUUCCAUUGUGGCGGAUCUCUGAUCACAUCGAAAUGUGUUGUUACAGCUGCUCAUUGUGUGAAAUAUAGUAAACCCAAAGAAUUGGCUGUUAGAGCCGGUGUUACGUAUCUAAGGGAGCGGCGUAAUCUACGAAUGGUUUCGAGAAUCAUAAAACAUCCGAAAUAUAAUAUCAAAACCAUAAACUUUGAUGUUGCCAUAUUGGUAUUGAAAUCACCGCUGCGUGGUAGGAACAUUCGAACAAUACCUUUGGCAUUUAGACCACCACCAAAUGGCUCCAUUGUCAGGGUGUCUGGUUGGGGUUUGGAACGAGAAAAUGGUUAUAUUUCCGAGCAACUAAAAUCGGCACAACUGGGAGUUAUAUCACGAAGGCGAUGUGCGAAUUUCUACAAAGGUCUUCGCAAUAUUACCGAUGCAAUGUUUUGCGCUUUUGUACCGGGCCAGAGGGAUGCUUGCCAGGGUGAUUCUGGUGGUCCUGCCGUGCUCGAUAACCGUUUGGUGGGCAUUGUGUCAUGGGGUCGUCGCUCACAAUGUGCUCGACGAAAAUCACCAGGAGUUUAUGUUAAUAUAGCCCACGUUAAGCAUUGGUUUGAUGCUGUAAUACCAAAACAUUGUUAUUGACAAAAUAA